GUCAGGACGAGUUGAGUGAUAUCUGAAUGGGCAUUGGCACUACCUACAGAUAGACUGCAGUGUACUGUGAGUUCACUUCUGUGGCAGGUUAGGCACUCAGCUGCACAAUGGCUGACUGGGACUAUGACUAUCUGAUCAAGCUGCUGGCACUCGGGGACUCAGGGGUGGGGAAGACCACCUUCCUCUACAGGUACACCGACCAGAAGUUCAACCGCAAGUUCACCACCACAGUGGGCAUUGACUUCAGGGAAAAGAGAGUGAUGUACACUGGGAAAGGUGCUGAUGGGGCAUCUGAGAAGAACUUCAAUGUCCACAUUCAGCUUUGGGACACGGCGGGACAAGAGAGGUUCCGCAGCCUCACCACAGCUUUCUUCAGGGACGCCAUGGGCUUCCUGCUGAUGUUCGACUUGACCAGUCAGCAAAGUUUCCUAAACGUCAGGAACUGGAUGAGUCAGCUACAGGCCAACGCGUACUGUGAUAGUCCAGACAUCGUGUUGGUGGGCACUAAGGCAGACCUCCAGGAUGUGAGGGACGUUCACGGAAGACAGGCCAGAGACCUGGCAGACAGAUACGGCAUCCCCUAUUUUGAGACGAGUGCAAUGACUGGUGAUGAUGUUGACCAGGCAGUGACCACGCUGCUGGAUCUGGUGAUGAAGAGGAUGGAGCAGAGCAUUCCCGGAGGCCCCAGCUCUGAACCCAACGGCAGCCCCAUCAACAGCCAUGAGGUGGAGGAGGCUCCUGUGAGGAGGACGUGUGCCUGCUGAUGUUACCACCAGUAGACACUCUUCUCACGUUUGCCCCAAAUUACAAUAUUUUCAAAAUGCUGCUGUUUUAUAAAGCCUAACUUGGGUGCCUAAUAGGUGAG